CGCGUCAUCGCAUCGUUCGAUUUCAAUUAUUUCAAUAAUUUUAUGUUGCAAACGCAUACAAAUUUUAUUCUUUUUAUUUAAUUUGUGUAAUAUGUGCUGACUAAAUAUGCAUCAAUAGCAAGUCAAGAGUAUGUUUUUAUGACAUUAAUCUACUUUAAGUUGUCGUGAAAUGUCGAAGGCUGUGCUAAUCCCGGAAUGUAACAAGGACAUCGGCGGCGUAAAGGAGGAUAUAUGUAUUUCUCCAAGUGACAAGAAAGAUGGUGCGAUCGGUUUGUUUAGUCGACUUCUUCGUUUAGAUGCGUUGAGUAAAAGGCACAGCACGCCAGAUAGUCCUACAUCUCCUGAUCCUCCCGUUACAUACUAUGGAGUGUAUAUACCUUGCGAAAUUAAGAAAGGUCCUGACGAAGAGGCUCUACAUGUGUACAAAAAUAGAUCAGAAGCAUUAGAAUUAGUUAGAAGGUACAAAUCUGCAAGAUUCAAAGUGUUUAGAAACCAUCAAGAUGCGGUUUCCUUCGCUUUACGAGGAGCUGAAACUUCCGAAACUCAUGAAGGAAAUGGGAACUCCCUCAUGGGAGAAAAGCCGUACCCAUUUAAAUCACCAUCGCCACAAGACAUGGUUUCGCUCCGCAAAGCAAUAGAGGCAGGCUUCACUUGUACUGUCAGAGACAGGGUAUGGGACAACCCUCGAUAUCUUGUUAGCAGCGGGAAUACACCAACUAUUGUUCAGGAGGGUUCGCGCUACAACGCUCUCCACAUAGCAGCCAAGGCGCUUAAUGCUGAAAUAUGCAACCUGUUACUUACUACUGUUGGGAACCCUGCCUUUGUGCAGACUCUGUAUGGAUCUGACGCUGACCAUGACGCUUGUAAGGAGUUCGCUGGUAUCCUUGUGGAUAGAUAUCUGAACACACCGGACAAGGCGAUGAACGAGACCCCGCUGCACUUUGCGUCCAAGUUCGGAGCGGAACAGGUGGUCGAUGUGCUGACGUCUUUUCCGCAGUGCAAUAAGCUAGCUACGAACAAGUACGGGGAGACUGCGCAAGAUAUAAUAUGCAACCGUGUGUCCAACCCGAGUCCGGAAAGCAAACGUCGCAUCGCCUGCAUGCUCAGCGAGCGCUACUACGUGCCCGUGCUGCACGCGGAGGAGGACGCGAGCCCGCCCACCAUCGGCAGACCCUUCACGCCGGCCUCGCCGCCUGAUCUUAACAGCGACCCGCUGUCGCCGCGUUAUGAGAUCCUCGCGUACGCGGGCCCGAUGGCGGCGCGCGACGCGGACGCGUUCCGGCGCCGCUGGAAGACGCCGCCCCGCGCCGCCCGCCCCGCGCACCCCGCACACCCCGCGCACCCCGCGCACGCGGCACAGCCCGCCUUCCGCCUGCGCGACAUGGCCAAGGGGCUCGAGGCCGUCGGCCGAAACUUAGCUGAACAAAUGAAUGUGACAUGGAAAGAAUACUGGCCGUUCCUCGAUACAUUCACAGACUUGCGAACGCCCGAAGGACUUGUGCUACUCGAAAACUAUCUCAAGACUAAGUACGAGACCGCCUGUUCCUUCGCCUACAGCGACAGCUGCAGCCAAUCGCAGGCCUCCCCAGACGACGUGUCCAUAUCUAGAAUAAUCAACUCCCAAAACUCGCCAAAAGACGCCCUAAGCCCCAUGUCGGAACUUUGCGUCGCCAUGAAAACGUGCAAGAUAACAGACAGACCACAUUGGCGGAAAACGGACCCAGUCAGGCAGAGAUUGUGCAGGCAACCUAACGCGAAACCUAUAACCACCAACGGGGACACUGCAUCCCCGAUGAAUCACACCGUCAGUCAAUUAUUGUGCAUAGAGAGAACGUGCCAAGUGUUCGCCAAACGUAUCGCUGACGCUUUGAUAUUCUCGCUCACGGCGGAACCGGAAAUCGCGGGAGAAUCUCUAAAGUCCGAGGCGAAACACUUGCAGCACACAAUGUUCACGUACAUGGACGAUGAGAGAUUUAAAGAUAUCAAUUUCGCACUGAUACACUCCAGGCUAGCGCAGCUCGUCGUGUUCAAGCUGAAACAGCAGACCAUAGAUUUGGACGACAUCAAUAAUUUAGUGGAGUUUCUGGUGAAGCUCCGGUGUCCGAACGACGAUAUAUUCAGUUCGGACGACGAAAAGCGGCCAUUCACGUACCGCGGGAAUCGCGCGAGAGUGGGACACGCCGUCGAGGGUCACGUCAGGUGCGUGGCCAGCUUUAUUUGCGAGGAAUUGACCGAAAGCGAAGAGGCCAAGGGGCCGGCGGUAUCCGAGAUAGAGUGUAAGGAUAUUUGGGACAAGGCGGCGAAGUGUCGCUGCGAUUGGAAAAUAGAGGCCUUCGAGAGGAACAGCAAGAAGAACGCGUCGUUUCGCAAGAACAGGUCCAUUCUGUCGACCAGCCCCAAGGGCGAGGGGUUCGCGAGGCGGCUCAUGUUCGACCAAGAUAUCGGGGACGGCAAAUUGCAGAAAAUAGAAAAUGAGAAGCCCCAAAGUGUGAACUCGCCCGGCGGAGACAGCGCGACGCUCUACACCGUCGAAGUGGACAAGUGUACGGUGGAGGCUGCGCAGAUAUCGGACGACGAAUCGGACGGAUCGCCGUCGGACUCGGAGGCUGCGUAUGUGACAGCGAGCGAGGACGACAACACGGCGGAUAGCUCUGACGACGAGAUGCACGACGCCAGCGAUCGGGCUAUAGCCGAAACCUUUAUAUACGGCGAGGAGCCAUCGAAAAUGGACCGUCUCGUGUACGAAGCGGUGUCGGCGUGCGACAUCUCGCCCGAAGAGUUCCCCAGCGUGUACCGCUGGCGCCACACCGUCGCGCUCUACACGCCGCUCGAGAGGGAAAGCUGGCAAGCCACAACAAACAUGGACGGCAGCAUAGUGUCGAGCGUGUCGUGGAGCGUGUGCGGCUCGCCGGCCAGUGUUGGCGCUAGUGUUAGUGCUAGUGCAAGUUUUAGUGCUAGUGCUGGUGCUGGUGCUGGUGCUGGUGCGAGCGCGCCGCCCGCCUGCAGCACGCCCAGGCGAGACCGCAGCGAUGAUCGCAAUCCGUCACUACAGGUAUCCAACUGGCUCCGAGUGACAGGCCCCAACUCUCCCCGUUCUGCGCUCGCUACUAAGAAUGUCUCUCAAAACGUGAGCUUCGGUUUCUGAGAUACGCACAGCUGGACAUACAUUUUAUACUGCCUUAUUGUAUAAUAGUGGACGUUGGUGCGGAUAAAUUUUAUAUGUAAAUAGGAAAUCGUAGAUUUUAUAAUGACAAAUUAUUGUAGUUUAUGGAAAGUGAUUUAUGAGCGAUAUUCGAGUUAUAAGUUAGGACAUAAAUUUUUAUUUGUGUAAGGUAUGAAAGUUAUUUUUGUGAUGUUUGACAUUUCAAUUAUUUGACAUAAAAAUUUUGUUCUUAUCAUACAUUAAAUUGACAUAAUAUGGUAACACCAGUGCGACAAAAAUAGAUAAAAUCAUAUUGACUGUACUUACUUGGCUAUGUGUAGUGUGUUUAGAAGUAGUGAGCUCACAUUUUUUUGUUAAAUUAUAUAAAUUGUAGCUAUUCUACCAUCUGAAUUUUUGAACACUCAAAAGAUUAUAUUUAACCUUUGAAA